CUAGGCAUAGCAUUGCAAAGAGUAGUCUCUCUAUUAGAGUCUAAAUAUCAUUUCUCCACUUCUUUAUUCUUCAGCACCAUGGCUAAGGAAUUUAAGUCUAUCCCUCUAAUAGACAUAAGUCCGCUUCUACAGAAGUGGGAUGAACUACACGAAUCGCAAAAUGAAAGUAUAGCUGAAGUGGUGAAAAAACUAGAUGAGGCAUGCAAAAACGAAGGCUUUUUUUACGUGACCGGCCAUGGUAUCCCGCUUCCCUUCAUGGAAGAGAUAAGGAGAAUCACACGUAAAUACUUUGAUCAACCUUCUGAAGAUAAACUGAAUUUUAAACUUUCUGCCUCAACUGGCUACAGAGGUUACCAAGCAAUCCAUGAGAAUAUAACUACAGGCGUCCCUGAUAUGCAAGAAGCCAUUGAUUUCUAUAGAGAAAUAAAAGAAGGGAUGUAUGGAGAUCUGGGAGAAGUUUUGCAAGGUCCUAACUUAUGGCCAAGUUUCCCACCAGAUUUCAAACAGUUGAUGGAGCUUUAUAUUAACCAGUGCACAGAUAUAUCCCGUAACAUUUUGAGGGGUAUUUCCCUAGCGUUAGCGGGAUCGGCAAAAGAAAUAGAGAGCAAAAUAAGCAAAGAUCCAUUCUGGGUCUUAAGAACAAUUGGUUACCCUCCUUCACCAUCGUCAGAUAUACAAGAUAACGCUAGGAGCACAAUUGGUUGUGGAGCUCACACUGAUUAUGGAUUGCUGACCUUACUUAACCAGGACGAUAACAUCCUUGCCCUUGAGGUAAAGAACAAAUCUGGUGAAUGGAUCCCUGCCGCCCCUAUAAAAGGAACCUUUAUAUGUAACGUCGGUGAUAUGCUCAAGAUUUUAUCCAAUGGGUUAUAUGAAUCCACACUCCAUAGAGUCAUCAACAGCACUGGCAAAUACCGUGUUUGUGUGGCUUAUUUUUAUGAGCCCAACUUUGACGCGGAAGUAGAACCCUUGGAUGUGUGUGUGCAGAACAUGGGGGGGAUCAAGAAGUUUGAAGGUGCUUGUUAUGGCAAACAUUUGGUCAAUAAAGUGACCAACAACUUCGUGAUGGAGUAGAGCUUGAACCAGCUCUGUGUUUCUUGGGUUUCUUUGCCUGGUUCUUUUCCCAAGUACAUCAUGUAUUUUUGAACCGGGCUGUUUUAGGUUCUAAUUACUAUGUUCGUGGUUUGUAUGAACUUGAGUUUUAUCACAAUUUGCCGUAUUCAUAAUAUCAAGGCGGCUUUUGGGUGAGGAUUGAGAGAAACUUGUUUGAUGGAUUGAUAAGCACCAAGUGAUUUUCUUUUAUCUUUCUUUGUUAACCUGAAUUUUAAUGAGUUAUACAAAAUAUCAUAUAUAUUUGAAUAGGA